AUGUCUCGUUGGCUGCGGAGUCCGCUCUUGCGAAACAAACAGGGCCUGAUGGCCUGGUGGCUGACGGCCAGCGCAACACUGCUACAGGCGGUGGCAGCGCAAAGCUCGUGGCAGAUUUGGGGGACGGAGGUCUUUGCUGAAUUUCUGGAAUCGGCCGGCUGCGAACAGUGCAGCUACUUGCUUUCAGAGCCCACCCGGCAGGCGCGCUUCGAAGUGUCCAGCAAUAUCUUUGGAUGUGCGGACAUCGACGUGCUGCUUCCAUCGAUUCAUUGGCUCUACCAGGCUGCGCGGCAGCGUAAUGGUGGCAUCCCUCCCGGCCUGCUCGUGGAUGGAGGAGCGAAUGUCGGCAGAGCAACGGCCAGAUGGAUUGCCAGCUUCGGCGAUGCCUUUGGCCGGCGAGUGUCCAGGAACGACAGCCAUGCAUCAUGCGUUGUUUGUGCCGGCGCGGACGCGUCGGAGGCUGCGGGGGGCUUGGAAACACCAACAGUGGUUGUGGUAGCUGUGGAGCCAUCUGCGUCAAACUUCAAGCUGCUGCUACAGCAUGCUGUAGAACACAGCUGGAAUGAGGAGGGUUUCCUGCCCCUCGAGGCCGCUUUAAGUGACGUGGCCGGCCAUGCGCAAUUGGCGGUUAGCAAAGACUUUUCGAUCGAUGAGAUUGCUACGCUGCUAUGGAAGGAUGGGGAUCAUCGUGACAAGCAGCCUGUAGAGGUCAUCACACUUUCGCGUGUUGUAGCUGAAGCAAAGGCCGCUUUUCCAGGCCUGGGGCGCGAUGCUGACAAAAUUUAUUUGCUCAAACUGGACAUCGAAGGGUCGGAGCCAGCAGUUCUCAGGUCCUUGGCGGCGGGGGAUCCGCCAGUCAAGUUCGUGAGCUUCGAAUAUGCGUCCAAUGUCUGGAAGGAUAAGCUGCCUCAUGUGAUCGAGGAUCUGUUUCGCGCCAAAUACUUCUGCUUUUUGAUCACGUCCGAGCAUCUCUUCCCGGUUUCCGGUCCAUUUUGGAGCAAUGCUUUUGAAAUUCCGAUGUGGAGCAACUUUUUCUGUGGUCGAGAUGGUGAUCCAGAUCUGGAGGUGUUGGUGCAAUUGCAUUUGGGGGCGGUUGGAUUGUGGCCUCGCAUGCCCGGAAUGUAUUUGGCGGGUUUUGCUGGUCGUGACCAGCAUACAUCGGGCCUGCUCGAGGCGCAGCAUGCUUGCACAGAUCUGGGUGCGGCUUGCGCUGGAGUGACUUGUGAGCGUCCUGCCUCUGGCAUCGCAGGGGAAGAGCCAGGUGGAUGCUCUGUGCGCAUGGGCAUCGAGGGACUGAGAAGAUCGCCCUUUGGCGAGGUCACAUACCUCAAAAGCCUGGCGCAUGCCAAUCUUUUCUUGAGGCCUAGCCAGCGCACGAAACAUGUUCAGCUCCAGAGGCGUGCUGCGAUUGCACCUCGCGACGUGUGUGGUCAACGGAGCAGAGGAAUCCUCUUUCUUGCUUUUGUGACCUUGCAUCAUCCUGAUGCAGCGGAUGCAGGGAGCUCGGGAUCUGCUGCGGCUGCUGCCGUCUGGCAGCGUCUCACAGAGUUGGUGCAACGGCCAGCCGAAGCCCAGGACGAGGCCAGCUACUGGAGCCGAGCUCUGACGACUCUGCACUCCGAACAUCCUCACCCUGAUGUGUCUGGGGUUCUUGCCUGGUUGUACCUCUUCGGCCUGCCGUCUACAGCGCAGCCGUUGGUGCAGCGAGAUGUAAACACUGCAAUUAGAAUUGCACGUGAGGGAGUCCAUCAUGCACCUCCCUGUGCCCGGUGCUACGCCCUUCUGGGGCUCCUCCUCGGUGUGGGAUACCCUCCACUUGUUGGAGCUGCGCACCUGGCUCAAGAUGGAACUGGUGACCCAAGGCUGCUCAUCCUUGGAGAUGUUCUUGCACAAGGGCCUGCAACAGCAGACGCCGCACGGUUGCCACGUGACAUUGGCCCACCGGACCCUUCUGCAGCCGCGUAUGCCCUUUCUUAUGCUGGAGGCGACCCACUUGGCAUGCUUGCCGUUGCAUACUUGAAUCGCACACGCAUGAUUAACUUGACCAAGUUGACGGCACCUGGCCCCAAUCAAGCAUCUUCCCUCCUGUCGCGAAUGCCGAAGACUGUGGACAAAGCCAGCUGCGACGAGACCUUGGUCAAUUCUCUAGGAAAUCUGGCAGCCUCAACUAUUGACGAGAUUCAAUCUGGGUCAUGGGGUCCCGUCCCCGAUCCGCUCUCUCAAGGACUUUCCCAACAGAGAGCAGACAAAGCCUUCCUUGAGCACAUCCUGGCAGAUACCUCGAGGUCGUCGGCAUCUGAUCUGGCCAAGGCCUCUAGCAUGUUGGAAACCGGUGGCUUUCGAUCGGAGGAGCUGCCGGCAGUGGCCCGCAAAGCUGCCAACGUAAGUGAGCUUCGGUCUUUGGCAGCUUCGAAGGGUGAUCGGAAGUCAGCUCUCUGGCUUGCUGUGGAGCACCUGCAGGAGAACGACACGCAGAAAGCCAAACCACUGCUUGACAUGGUGGUGACCAAGGCCGCACAGGAUGCCGACCACGACGCAGAUGCUGAGAUGGCCAAAUAUUACUUGGCCCGGUUUGCCUCGCCUAAUUCGUCCGAUGUCACAAUUGCCAGGCGAGAUGCUUGGCCGCACCUAGUGCAGGCCGCAGAUCUGGGGAGAGAGGAUGCGAAAUUGCUGGUUGCUCAUGCGUUCGUGGAUGGAUCCGAUGACUUGGAGACUCCAGAAGGGUCAUCAAGCAACACGGAGGCAAUUCGACGCUACAAGCAGCUUUUGCCAGAAGCCCCUGGCAAAUCUGACAAGCCCAAUGUGACAUUCCCGGCGUCAUCAGCACCAAGUCGCCGCAAUGGCGCUUUGAAUCCAGUGCAGGCGUUUGCAGCCUACAAUUUGGGAGUGCUGUCCCUCAAAGACUCGGAGGGUGGAUCAUCUGCAUCGCCUGUGCCUUCGGAGCUUCCGAGUGCGAGCAGCGGCAUAUGUUCUCCUGAAGUGCAGGGGUCCUUCUUGGAGGUUGUGCUCUCCCAGUCUGGCAUCGUUCGGCUAAUCAUAGCCUUAGGGCGGCGCUCGGCUAGACUUGGCGAUGAAAUUGGCGCCCUCCUGUUGGCCAUGCUCUUAAGCGACAUCGGUCACGAUCUUGGUCAUGCCGAUGCAGCCUUCUUGUGGGACAAGUGGGCGGCACAUCAGCCUCCACACCUAGUGCUGAUCAGCGAUGUGCAGACCCAUGACAACAAGCAGGCCCAUCAUCCUUGUAAUCUGCGCGGCUGGUGGACAACAUCUUCACCGGACCUGGUUUCCAGAAAUGUGAGCCUGGUUUAUGCGGCAGAUGUGAUGGGAGGUGGCCCAGCACUUGGUCGGAUGCGUGAAACGCACAUGUGGCAGCAAGCAUGUGGAACAAAGCAGCGAGGAACUGAGAUGUUCAAUGCCAGCCUGGCUGACAGCCACUUGCUUCAAGGGCUUGAAGCGACAGAGAUCGUCCAGCCGAUUCCAGAAAAGACAGAGUUCCGGCAUUUGUAUUCGUUCCUGUGGCACACCAGCUACGAUGCCUUUCCUGCCGGUGCACCCGUGCCUGUCGCACUGCAACCUCCUGGGGCGGUGCCACACCUCCUGGAGUUCCACCAUCAACGUGGCAAGCUCCUGAUGGACAAGUCCUGCAACACAGCUGUCGUUGAAGGCAUGUACGUCAACUGGACUUUUCAUCGCCUUGAUGCUGAACCGGCCUCAGAGGCAGA